AUGACUACUGUAGGCGGCGUCAAGCCUGAAAUCAGGAAACAAAUGCAGGCUGUUGUGAACGCCUCUGAAGAUGGUUGGGAACAGGCAUGGCAAAAGAAAUUGACACUUUGGGAUCAAGGAGUCUCCUCGCCAGCACUUGUAAACCUAUGCAAAGAACCGGGCCUUGUUCCCGAAGGCAGAGCUCUAGUUCCUGGUUGUGGAGGUGGAUACGAUUGCUUCCUGUUUGCCAGUAGUGGAAACAGAACCGCUGUUGGAGUGGAUUUAGCCCCUUCUGGUGUUGCUCUCGCCGAACAGAAUCGAGACAAACUCGGCAUCUCUGAAGACAAAGUAAAGUUUAUUUGUGGAGACUUUUUCAAGUUUGAUUUGGAAGACCGCUUUGACGUUGUUUUCGAUUACACCUUCCUCUGUGCUCUGAGUCCAUCACUACGAAAACCAUGGGCUGCUAGGAUGUCAGAAGCUAUAAAACCUGGUGGAGUUCUGAUAUGUCUAAUGUUUCCACUCGCCUCGUAUGAAGGAGGUCCGCCCUAUGCCUUGAACGUUGAUUUAUAUCACGAACUAUUGGAUGAGACCUUUGAAUGCAUGUUUGUCAGAGACUGUGAGUCUUUUGCGCCACGUCAAGGGCAAGAAAAGAUAUCAAUGUGGAAGAGGAAGUAG